UAUAGUCGCGGAAGUAGCUCGAGAGGAUGAGACCUGCCUCGCGACCGCACAGGGACAAGAAGUGUGAGCUCGUGAUCUGUCAUACAAACACUAAAGGUGGAGAUGGAUGAGUGUGAGACUACAUGAUCCUCAGAGAUCCGUGAACAAUAACAACACUUUCGGUUCAUUUCUGCUCAUUGCGUCCGGUGGGAGAUCCUUGUCGAGGUAUGGGUGCUCUGCAGUCCUUACCUGGUCAACCACAAUACGUUGAUCUGGCGGAAAAGACUGGCUUUUCAUUUGAGCAGAUUGCAGUCCUACAUAAAAGAUUCAAGCAGUUGAGCCACAAUGAAGAUACGCUGCUGAGAGAUCACUUCAGCCAAAUCCCAGAUCUAGCAUGCAACCCCAUCCGUACGCAGAUAAUAGAGGCCUUCUUUGACAGAAGAAACUUUCGUCAGAAUGGCGAGGGCAACGUCGAGGAGAUCGGCUUCGAGGAGUUUCUGUUGGUCAUGUCCCAUUUCAGGCCCCCGUCACUGCACAUGAUGGCGGAACAGCGUGAGGAUGUCAGGAGGGAUAAACUGAGAUUUUUAUUCAACAUGCAUGACACCGACAACGACGGCACGAUAACCCUCGAGGAGUACAGACACGUGGUGGAGGAGCUGUUAUCUCUCAGCGAGACCAUGGAGAAGAACACAGCCAAAAGCAUUGCGGAUGCAGCCAUGUUGGAGGUGGCCAGUAUCUCAAUGGGUCACAUGGAACCUGAUGAAUUCUAUGAGGGAAUCACGUUUGAGCAUUUCCUCAAGUUGCUGACUGGCAUUGAGGUUGAAUCAAGAAUGAACGUUCGCUUUUUGAAUAUGGACACGACAACCUUUUGUAAGUGAGGUUGGUACACUAAACUAUGCAGUGACUUUGGGAAAACCCCGAAGGCGCAUAAUUACGGUUUCACUAUCUGUUUGUCGCUUGCAUUGAAUAAUAUGCCUUACUGAUGUUUGAAUAACUAUGCAAAUUCGAUGAAAACAUGCAGAUUUAAUAGAAGUAGUUUAUUUGAUUGUGAGCAAUAAUAUGAGAUAAUCAGUCCAAUAACAACCAGCCUAUUAGUAGUUGGACUAAGCAAUAAUCAGAUAUCCAUGUCUGGAGUAGCAGACAGUAUGACUCUAUGCAUGCACAUGUUGAUGCUUGAAGAACCUUUAAAAAUGUUAAUGCCAUAAAUCAGUAAUUAUCAGGGAUAUAAAGGUUUGUCUUUAAAUAUAUCUAGGUGUGUCUAAUAAUAGCAAUGCAAUCAUUUGAAAUGCCUUUUAUUUAUUAUUGCAAAUAUGACACUUGGUGCAUGCUCUGCACACAUUUACAUUUGCACAAUAAUACCCCAUGAAACAGAUCUGACUUCAGUUCAUGAUGUGUGUUUCUGAUAAAAAGGAAACGGGGAGUGCUGUCAUGCAAGAUUAAACGCUGAAAAGCAGUAUCUUAUCAGUCCUUAUUUACGGAAGACUGACUGAUUCACACAUGAUAAUUAGUCAUAGAGAUAUUUUAAUACAGACUGUGCAUGAAAAGUCUCUCAAGUAUCAUAAAAUCUCAAGAGACUGUCGUGCUUGAUGGUGAAACGUUUUGUCUUAAUUACCCUUAAAACCCUCUGUAUUCCAAUUUAUAAUCCAACAUGUGAACAAAACGUUUGCAGCUUCAUCGUGUCAGAAGUUUAAAUAACUAUACCAGCAUUUAAAAUGUUAAACCAGACUUAAGCUCUCCUAAUGCUUGUUUCAUUAUCAUUCACACUAUUACUCCAAUCUUUUGGUGUGACUUUUGUGGGAAAAUACACACAUUUAUUAGCAACAACAACCAAGAACAGUAAUCUCAUAUAAGCCUUUUCAAAAAGGUUCAAAAUAUCUUCAAGCUCAUACUACUGUCACUAUCGGUUAAAAAAGAAAAAAUCAAUACCUGUUUAUUAUGUCCCCAUCUUUUGGUGUUGCUGUGCAGACAGGUAUUGUGGCUUUGUGUUGUGUGUCAGAUAAUACUAACACUUCAUUUUUUUAAAUAUGUCCUGUGAAAGCCAAAUGAUAGACUGUCUAGAAUGCCCAAAGAUACCCAUCAGCACUUCUGAUGCACUUCAAUGUAUUCAGUCAUGGGUGUAUGCUGCCCUCCAUGGGUUAAAACAUGUAAAGCAUGUUAAAUGAUAAUGAACCUGCACCUGAUAUUUAUGUCCUUUCUGUAGUAUGUUUUUUUUUCAGUAGGUUCUGUAUGAUCUAGUGCUUUUCAACAUGGUACAUGUUGGGUCAUCGAUUUGCAGGUGCUCGUCAAUUGAAUGAUUAGAUUUGUCACUUUUACUGUCUGUGUCAUUGUAACAUUAAAGCUUUUACUUUGUAAAGCUGUCCAUAUUUUUGCAAUAAAAUAUGACAUACAGUAUGUAA